AUGGCCCCCGUGGGAACGAUCCUGGCUCGACUAAAGGGUCUUUACAGCAAACAUCAAGGUUUGUUUUUGUCUCUCGCCCUCGUUAUGAUGAGCCCUCAUUAUCAGUGCAAACGAUUACGAUAUGCUCAGUAUGGCCUCACUGGAUCCCUCAACGCCUUGAAGGCGGCAGCCAAGUUUCAGUUCCUUGCUAACGACACCCUGUUCCAGGUCGCCUUGACAUUACUCUACGUCGUACCCUUCUAUCUCUCUCCGGCCACGCGACCCUCACCUAGUCUCAGCCGUGAUGCGCCCUCAGUCAUCCGAGCGCGCAUCCGCGUCGUCACCCUCUCGUGCAUCACCUGCUCCCUCGUUGUUCUGUGGCUGAUCGUGGAAAAGGGCGGGUCUUCGCCCAGUGCGGCAUUGACUUUGAUGGGCUGGUGGCCGCUUGAUCUGGGCGAUAUCCUGCGCACCUUGCUCUUGACCGCGAUCCUGUUCUUGGGACCACUCUACGAGCGUGGAAUCGCCGAGGGAGAAUGGCGCUCAUGGUUCAGUCGCACGUCAUGGUCUCAGUCUCUCAGCGGAUGGAUAGGGUGGAGGAACUACGUCGCGGGCCCUAUCACCGAAGAAGUCAUGUUUCGCUCCGCAUUGGUCCCUCUUCAUAUCCUUGCGCGCGUCUCGCCCGGUCGCAUUGUUUUCCUGUCGCCUCUUUACUUCGGCAUUGCCCACGUCCACCAUUUCUAUGAGUUCCGACUCACUCAUCCAGAUACCCCCGGACUCGCGGCUCUGCUUCGCUCUCUCUUCCAGUUCGGCUACACCACCGUCUUUGGCUGGUAUGCCACCUUUGUGUAUAUCCGGACCGGCUCUCUUCUAGCCGUCAUCCUGGCCCACAGUUUCUGCAACUGGUGCGGACUCCCCCGGCUCUGGGGUCGUGUCGAGGCCGGAGAGCCUUUGGGGCCGCCCCUGCGUGGGAAAAAGGAUGAAGAUCGGAAUGGCAACACGGUCACCGUGGGGGACGGCCAACUGGGGAUUGGAUGGACAGUAGCAUACUAUGUGCUUCUGGUGGCUGGUGCAGUGGGCUUUGCCUGGUGCUUGUACCCUUUGACAAACUCAUACAAUGCCCUGGUGACAUUUGACAAGAGCACGAGGGGUCAGAGUAUGAGGGGUCGUAAUUGA